AUGGCUAGCAAGGCGGAGAAAAAGUUAGCAGCGGACCUUCUGACGAGACGACGAGCGUGUGCCGAACGAGAUGUGGUGGAGAAGUUUGUAACGGAUUUCACCUAUGAACGAGAUUGUUGCCAGGUUGCGGUACGUUUGGAGGCGCUCAACAAGUGCAACGAGUUGUUCCUGAACGUGCAGAACGAUAUCGAAAUGGGCGAUAGCGAAGAACGGUUUGAAACACACCUGGAAUUCCGUGCUGAUUUUGAGGAUCGAUUCUGCAGGGCGAAGGGUUUUUUGCUGUCUAAACUGGAGAGUAGGGAGCAUCCGUUGAGUUCGACGAUCAUCCACGCAUCGGCUUCUCAUAGCAUGUCUUCCAGCUUUCAUCAUCGGCUGCCGAAAAUCGAUCUUCCGAAGUUUAGUGGAGACGAAUCGCGCUGGAUCUCGUUCCGUGACAAUUUUCUCUCGAUGAUCCACUGCAACGAGGACAUACCGAUCGUCAGCAAGCUGCAGUAUCUGUUGCAGUCGCUGGAAGGAGAGGCAAGAAAACCAUUCGAGUCUGUGGAUAUUCAGGCCGAUAAUUAUUCGUCGACGUGGGACGCGCUUAAAAAGCGUUACGACAACAAGCGGUUCCUCAGAAAGGAACUUUUCCGUGGCCUAUACAACCUUCCACCGAUACAGCACGAGUCCGCACAAGACCUCAACACACUGGUUGAUGAUUUCCAGCGACACGUUAAGGCUCUGGGAAAACUAGGGGAACCGAUCGAGCAUUGGGACACUCCACUUAUCUUCAUCUUAACGAACAAGUUGGACUCAGCAACGAUUCGCGCAUGGGAGCAGGAUACUCGACAGAAAGAAGAAGUGAAGUACGACGAGCUCAUCGAGUUUCUCAUCCACCAGGUCCGGAUGUUGAAAUCCGUGGACAGCGAUCUCCAGCAUCGUUCCUCAGCGCCCACCGUUUCCAAGGUGGCCGGUCAAAUCCCGAAGAAACCAGUUCCCAUCCGAUCUGUCGUGAACACAGCUACGUCCGAAACUCAAUACUGUACUUCGCCAUGCCACUGUUGUUUGAGAACACAUCCGCUUCACCAAUGUCCAGCAUUUUCGAACCUGUCAAGCUCCCAACGGCGAGAGCUUGUGACACAGCACAGUCUUUGCUGGAAUUGCUUUCGCGCAAACCACCGGGCAACAUCCUGCAAAUCCAAGUUUCUGUGCAGGAUUUGUCAAGCAAAACACCACACCAUGUUGCACGACCACCACAUAUCACAUCUAGAGCAACUCUCUACUGAGAAACCACAUCCCGUACAAGCGAAUCCAGGCCCCAGUAAAUUGCUUAGCCCCCCAACAGUAAAUCUUUCCGUGCAUUCUGAUUCAACCGUUCUCUUGGAGACAGUCUCGCUAUUAGUAGUCGACCGAUACGGUCGAAAGAUUCCUGCUAGAGCUCUGCUAGAUUCUGCAGCGAUGUCCAACUUCAUAACCAGGAAGCUGGCGAACGAACUUGCCACCCGUCAAAGCCCCGUGGACAUCGCAGUUGCCGGAAUUGGAGAGUCAGUGAAGCGCAUCAAGCACAAGUUAGCUGCCAAGAUCGUAUCCAGGAACAGCGACUUCUCCACCACACUCGAUUUCCUCGUCAUGAAGAAGCCAACCUCCCAUCUUCCCACAUCCCCGAUCGAUACAACUGCCUGGAAAAUGCCAAAGGUUCCAUUGGCGGAUUCUCAGUUCAACGUUCCAGCUAUUGGAGGUUUAUGGCCAUAG